AGGGUCGCUAUAAUAGUGAGCCUUUUCCCUCACUACAAAAAGACUAACCAUUUGGCACUAGUCCUCUCCAACCCUCUCUCUCCCUAUUUUUCUCUCUCCCUAGUUCCUACUCUAAAAUCCUCUUUACUUGUGAUUCCCUACUACAUUCUCUGCCAUAAACAUUUCCACUCAUAUCCAAAAAUUCACAACAAUGACACAAACAACAACAACCUCUUCAGAAACAACCACAACCUCAAACUCCUCAACCUCUUCAACAUCUUCACAACUUUCACAUUCAACCCAAAACAAAAGCCCAACAAAACCAGCCCAAAAGCCCAAAGACACCAAACACCCAACUUACCAUGGUGUUAGAAAACGCAAUUGGGGUAAAUGGGUUUCAGAAAUUCGUGAACCAAAAAAAAAAUCAAGAAUUUGGUUAGGAACAUUCUCAACACCAGAAAUGGCAGCAAGAGCACAUGAUGUAGCAGCUUUAACAAUCAAAGGAAAAACCGCAAUUCUAAAUUUUCCUCAUUUAUCAAACAUGUUACCUAGACCUGCCACGUCAGCACCACGUGACAUUCAAGCUGCAGCUACUGCAGCAGCUGCUAUGGUUGACUUUGAUGAUGAUGAUGUGCACGUGACAGAACAACAAUGUUGUUGUGAUGAUGAAUCUGAGGAACAAGAACAAGAACUUAGUCAGAUUGUUGAACUUCCUAAAAUUAAUGAAGAUGGUGAAGAUGACUCGGUUGUUGACUCAGUUAAUGCUGCUGAGUUUGUUUUGCUUGAUGACUCGGUAAUUCAUAGUAGUAAUUGGGUUUAUCAUCUUUCUCAUGAGUCAAUUGGGUUUGAAGGAAUUGAAUUUUAUUCAAAUUUUUCUGAUGAUUUUUUUAUUCCCAUUUGGGAUUAAAAUCAUGGGUUGUUUUCAAUUUCUUCAAUUUAAUUGUCCCACUUUUGGAAAAUUACUGUACUUAAUAUAUUACUACUACACUGUACUUUAUUAUUUAAUAAUAGUACAUUGUUAGUAGUAUUAUUUAUAGUUAUGGUCUUAGGUAAGUAUAAUUGAAAUUCAAUUUUUUAUUUUCUCUUUGCAUAGCUUUUGGUGGCUUCUUCUGUUUAUUAGAAACGGAUAAUGUGAAUGGCAAAUAAGUUCCUGCCACAAAAUAGUAAAUACUGUAAUAAUGAAUUUAAAAUAUUUUUAUAUGUUUUUUUUUUACUUCAAUUUAAAUAUGUGUUUG